GUCGGUUAUGUGCUCGAAGUCACACCAUGGAGACGAGAUUUCGCGCCAGCCACCCACUCUACAAGUUCUUGGGCUUGUGCUGUUUUGUUGUAACUGUAGUGUUUCUGAUUCAGCGGUCAAAUAUAUCUUUGGAGUUGGGCCAAUUACAGCCAUCUCCGCGUUCGCGAAUUUUGGCCAAGCCCAAGCCACAGCUGUAUUAUGUGAAAACCCAAAAGUGCCAGAUCCCCUACGUGGAUCCCUUUAAUGCCGAAGUGAUGGAAAUAUAUAAGCCUCAAGUCCUAGUCACCUGCUCGAAUGAGAGUGAUCUCGUAUCGACCGAGUACAAUGAAAAACUUAAACGACAUAUUUUGCAUAUCGACGAUGAAGUUGGUCUACAACUGCUCAACUUCACUGAAGCGGAAUACAAUUGUUUCUACCGGGAAAUCAAAUACGGCAGUCAGGCAGAUACCUACGACAAUCUCACGGCCAAAAAGUAUUUCACCGAUGGAUAUGUGGUGCCGCAGCAUGUGGAGGGCAUGGUCGUCGAGUGCCAGACGGCUGAGGAUCCCAAAGUGGUCCUCCAGAAGGACGCCUUCAUGUUCGUCCAGCAUCAGCCGCUGCCCAAGGACCUCCAAAAACCGCGGGCCGCCCGCAAGCCAAGUGUCAUAAUGUACGGCAUCGACUCGCUUUCCCGGAUAAAUCUACGCCGCACUAUGCCCAAGGUCUUUAGCUUCCUUCAGGGUGCUGGGUGGUACGAGAUGCAGGGGUACAAUAAGGUGGCCGAUAAUUCCUUUCCCAAUAUACUCGCCAUCCUAAGUGGUUAUUCGGAGAGAACGGCCAGGGAACAAGUGUGCGAUACGAACAAAGCUGGCUGCUUGGAUGAGAUGCCGAUGAUGUGGAAGUACUUUAAGAACGCCAGCUAUUUGACGGGCUAUGCGGAGGACGAGAGUAAUUCGAAUCAUUUCAGUUAUCUGAAGCCUGGCUUCACCAGAAAGCCCAUGGACUACUACUUCCGGCCAAUGUUGCGGGCUCUGGAGUCCGAGUUGGAUGUGUAUCGGCUGCCCGAACAUGACUACAUGCGAUAUUGUCUGGGCCGUAGAAUGGCGAAUCGAUAUAUUUACGACUAUGGCCGCCAGUUUGCGCAGCGUUUUGUCCACGAGCGACCCAUUUGGGGCAUGUUCUGGUCGAACCACUUUAGUCAUGACGAUCCCUUCUUGCCCUCGGCCAUGCAGGACAAGGUCCUUGGAGAUCUGCUCGAUUUUCACACAGAUGGGGCUUUUGAGGAAAUGAUCAUGAUAUUCUUUGCCGACCACGGCACCAGAUUUGGCAAGCUGACCUGGCUGCAGGAGGGCUUUUUGGAGGAGCGACUGCCCAUGAUGUUCAUAUACCUGCCGCCCUGGUUCCGCGAAACAUAUCCCACCUAUGUGCAGGCAUUGGAAUUGAAUCAGCACAGGCUGAGCUCCAACUUUGAUCUGCACAAUACGCUGAAGCACAUCGUCGAGAUUGGUGGCACCCCCGAUGGCCCGGUGUUGCCCAAGUCAUUCGACUGUCCCACUUGCCAAUCGCUAUUUUAUCCACUGCCAGUGGAUCGCACCUGCUCACAGGCGGGAAUCGAAGAGCACUGGUGCACCUGUGAUCCCUACAAGACGAUCAAGGGCCAGACGUGGACGGACACCAUUGCCGAGAGUGUGAUCGAUCGGAUGAACGAGUAUUUUGUACACAAGAAUCUCAGUCACCUGUGCAGCAACCUAACACUGAACUAUGUCCACAAGACUGAGAUCAAAACGAGUCUGGGUGUCCAGUGGUACGACGAACUCAACCAGGUCGAGACUGCCGUCUAUCGUAUCAAGUUCAAGGUCGCGGAAAACAGUGCCGAUUUUCAGGCCACCGUGGUCUACAACAACGCCACCCAAAAGGCCGAGGUGGAUGUAGAGAAAAUCAGCAGGACUAACACCUACAAGGAGGACUCAACCUGCAUCGAGGACAAACUGGCCAAGCUGUAUUGCAUUUGCUUUAGUGACCUCAAGUCAUAACAAUCUCUUGAGAGCAAUUUUAGUACUAAUUAAAAUGUAGACUUUGAAAAUCGUUUCAUUAAUUUUC